AUGGUCCUCGCUGUUUGGCCUUGUGCCGCCAUUGUAAAGCCGAAAGCUGCUUGUGGCGCAGAGUUGCUGAUUGAUGAUGGAUCUGGUGAUGUUGAUGAAUGUGAAGAAGGUUGGUGUUGGUCGGUAGGGCAUUGGCGCAACGCCAUCUCGCUCUUCGCCAUCAUCUUGUUGGUUGUCCUGGUUCCUGAUGCCAUCCUCCUCGAGAUGGAGUCACCAAAAGACAAGUUCGGCGGCUCGAGCUGCCCGGACAACCCCGCCAUCACCAACUCUCAGCUGGGCUGUUACUUCACCUGCCAAGCUAAGGGGCGUCUUCUUCUUGUCGAUAUCUCGCUUUUGACUGCCUCUAGGGGAAAGAAGCGCAUCAAGGCUUCACAAGGCUCCAGAGAGGUAAUGCUCUUCAAUGUCAGCCUCGGUGGUAAAUAA